CGAAAAACACCGCUUCUCUGGCGAAUAUCCAACAUGCUGUCCGACAUGGACAUGGACGAUAUUGAGUCUGAGGAAUCAGAUUGUUUUUCUACUGUAUCUUCCGAAGAAUCCUCCGAGGAGGUGUCUUAUAAAGCAUGGGACCUUCAUGAAGAUCAAUCUGAUGAAUUUCGAAUAAGCCCACAAAGCCCUGUGCGCGUUUCCAAAAAUAAUUUUUUACAAAAAUUGUACUUCAGAGAGAUUGGAGGUUUCUAUGCACCUCACCAUAGCAAGAACUUUAAUCGUAUGCAAAAGCCAUCCUUUCAACGAAUCAAAUUGGCAGAUAUUCUUCCGCUUUCUGCGUCAAAGUUAAACCAUGUUUUCCUUGGAAUGUCCAAAUGUGGUCAGUUUCUUCUAUCAUACACAUACACUACAGAAUGGGAUGUAAUGUCAUUCAAUACAGUCUUCAAGUAUCGAUUACAUUGGUGGGCUUUUACUCCACAUCAAAAGGCACGGAAGGUGUCUGAAGUGAUGUUGUUUGGAAACCAUGGCAUCUACAGUACUCUUUUUAUUGCUGUUUGCCAAUGGCCUUUGGACUACACAAGAGUCCUUAUUUAUGGAAAUUGCUGCGAGACAUACAUGGGAUCUGCAAGUCAAGCUGAGCGUUCAUAUCUUACAAUAACCACUGUACCAUCUCUCAACAAAUGUCAAGGUUGUCUUAAAGUAGCUGCUUCUUAUGAGGAAGAAGAUCUUGCUGCAAACUGGGAUAGCUGUGUUCGAUUCAGCUGUUUAAAACAUAGCGUAACUGUUCAUAGCACCUUCGAUGUAGUUUCUCCAUAUCCCAAGUUUGAUCCAGCAGUCAGCAUGAAACGAGAUGGCACUGUUGUUUUCAAUACUGGAAACCAAUUACAUGUUCUUCGAGCAGAAUUGGUUUAUGUGGAUGGAAAUUCCCCACAAGUGGCUGCUCGUGUAGAUCCUAUGGUUUCUGACUCUACAGAAUGUUUGGCGGAACCGUCCAACAGCGACAAUACCCAAAAUAAAUCAAUGGAUAGUCUAAAUGCUCAUGAAUUGUGGGUUGAAGAGUCAAAGUCUCUGCCAAAAACUGUGAAUGAAAAAUGUUCUGAAAAUCAGAAUGGACCUCUCUUUUCUUGCCCUUACAAUACUAGAUCUCAUAGCUUAAGCCCUAGUGUUUCCUCAAUUCCUAGUGAGAAGACAGGUGAAUGUAAAGAUGGUGCUAAUGUUUCUUAUAAUGCCAGUUGUAAUUUAAACUCUACCUCAGACAAAAAAUAUGACUAUGAUGAAGAUGAUUUGGAUGAUGAAGAGAUUACUACAAAAAAGGGAUGCUUAGAAUUUGAUUCAAAACAUUUUUCCCUGAUGAGUGACAACAAAGCAGUUUGUUUAGACAGCUGUGAUAUGCCUAAUAAAUUACAGUGUACUCGUAAUGAAGAUGGGGACUUUGAUAAAAUUUGUGUUUUUACAAAGGGAGUGGGUAGUGAUGGGUGUAAUAUCAGCAACAAGAAAUCCUGUGAUACAUCGAAGCAAUGUGAUACCAGUUCCUGCCGGUCAGAGCUGGAUGCUGUUUCUGUGAAUUGUAAGAAUGGGAAGGAGAAGGUUUCAGAUGACUCAUACUUAGGGCGUGUUACUCGUUCUCAAGCAUCACGACGUAACAUAGCAGAUGGUUCAUCAGAAGAAGAUCUGGAAGUAGAAGUACAACAGUACAAGAAAUAUUUAUGCCCCAUGGAAGACACCUGGGGCCGAGAAACUCACACUAUAGACUCAACUCAGGAACUUAAUAUCUCUUGUGGAACCAUUAAUUCUUAUUCUGAAAGUAGCCAAUCUACUGUAACUCUUAUGUCUCCUGUACAAAAGUCAUUGCUGAUAGUUGGUCCAUCUGAAGAAGGAAGAUGUGGCCAGGCGAGUCAGUCACAUUCAGAUCCAAAGCAUACAUCUAGCCCCCCUCGUCGGAAAAUGCUCCGAAGUGGCAACCCUGUGAAAUUUUAUAGUAGUCCAAUGCCACCCUCUCAGCCAAAAGUCCAUAGUAAAAUGGCAGCUGAAGCAGAGAAAGCCUAUGAAUUUACUGAUGAUAUUCCUGAUACCACUGGAGAAAAGCUUAGUUCUUACAGAAAACGAAGACUUGCUGACAAAAAAUACGAGUUUAUUGAAGAAGGUGAAGACCUGGAAAAUAUUGUUCCAUAUCGAUUGCAUCGCCGUCGAGAACCAACAAGGCAUCGCUCUCCGCCUUUGCUCAUUUCCCCUUCUCCUGUCAUUUUAAACCAUCGACGUCGACACCAUGAAGUAGACUCGGAGGAUGGGCAUUUUACAGGGCAACGGGUAUCUUCCAAUAUGCCUUAUAAUUCUCUGUCAGGUGAAAUUCAUUCAUCUGGAAAUCAUUUAGAGACUGAUAAAGUUGUGUUGCGCCCAUUAAAUCAAAAUACUUCAGGUCCUAUUCUUUUAUCUCCUCGAGAUCGUGAUACUGUGAAUGCAGACCGAACAAAGACUGGUAACAAUAAGAAAUCUAUUCAGUCAGAUGUUGUAGGUGUUGCAGAAGAUCUGCAUCAUUCCACUGGUAUAGAGGCUGGUGUUGAUAAUAUAGAACAAUCAAAUAUGGACCCUGAGAAUGAUCCAGGCAGUAUGCCUGCCCAGUGCACAGUGCAGCUAAAAAGGCAUUACAUUGAAGUGGAUGAUGAACUCAUUUCCGUAAUCACUGAUAUAGAAGACGAUGAUGUCAAUGAAGGAAUAAGUUAUCAUUGUGCUCUUCCAUUAGAGGUCCAUGGGGCUGGCUAUGUUCAAUUACAAAUGAUUUCUAACUCAAAAGCAGAGAAAUUGAUGGCCCCAUGUGUUAUGGUUUUGCAGCGAAGUUUUGAUGUAGAACAAUUUUGUCACAAAAUCGCUGAAAGGUUGUGUGAAGAAUCAGGGAAAAAGUACUGGUUUUGUAAUGACUAUGAUGUGGAAAUAGUUGAUGUGUGCCCUUUAUCUGGUGAUGUUUUGGCUCUUGCCAUGAUGCGAAUUCAGGCCACUUCCUCAGUACAGGAAGUUGCAAUUUUUUCUUGUAGACAUCCUGUCAGUAGUCAACAGAGACGUCAGUACCAAGGAGGCUGCCAUUUUAUAUGGAAUCUUGAUACUGGAGAUUAUUCUGUGGUUGACACCAAGCCUCUUGCAGAAGUAGACAGUACUGAAGAAAACGACCCAUGGAAUCCUGCACGAGAUUUAGCUAAACAACUCAGGCAGGAAUUACCCCAAGUACCUGUGCUGCAUAGUGUUAGACAUGUAUCAAAUAAGCCAGCACUGAAAGGUGUUUCUGCCACUAGAUAUGAAGACUCCGAUCAUAUGAUUGAACUAGUAUUACAGUAGGAAUAAGAAUCAGAAUUAGAUUCCUGCAGGCGCAAUGCAACGGAGCAAUGUGUGUUUCAUUCCACAGUAAGACUGAUAGGGCAGUGGUGAAUGAGAGGAGUUGUGCCAUUGUGUUUUAGUUUUGUUCCUCUUUCUGCUCGUGAGCACAAGAUCCAUGUGAAGUAUUAGCUGCAUUGAUUACCUGAUUUAGUUAACGAAGUGUUUAAAUAAGUGCUAGGACAAUUUAAAUUGCACAUACUUUGGUGCCAUUUUUCUAUGUAUGUGCAUACUUUUUACGACUUGGUGAGAAUUUAGUUUUCUUCAACGUAGAGCAAGAAUUAUAUUCUUAGCCACUAGUAUUUAAAUGUCAUGUAUUUAUGUUACAUGAUUAGGGAAAGAGCAUUUCAUAUUUGUCAAUGAUGGUUAUGUUACCGAAUGAAUUAAUAUUUUUCUUGAAUGCACUUUUCUGCAUAGUCAAGAAAUUGUUGACAAGUAUAUUUUACAUUAAAUAUAAGUAAUUUGUAUUCAUGAUUCUUAAUAGAAUGAGCUUUACGGCACUCAACAAUGUAUGGUGAUUUAAGUAGCUACUGAGCUACUAUUGCCUUUAAAUGUUUUGUCAAAAAUACUGGUAAUUUGAUUCUUUUUUAAUUAUUGUUCUUCAGAAUUUUCUGCAACCCCCAAUUGUACAGUUAUGUUAAAUAUUCUUGCUGAUUGAUUUUCUUUAGAAAAAAAAUUAAAGUUUGAUUGUAUCAUUGUUUAUUAAAAUGGCAUAUUAACAUGAAUUUAAAUAUGUCAAGGUGAACUUCUUAAAAAAAAAGGUGUAACAUAAAAUGGCACAAUUAUGCUUUUGUUGUAAGAUUUGUGUUUCUUGUGCAUUAUUAUUUUGUUGACAAACAAAAUUACUAUGAUGAGUUAUAAUGUUCCUGAACAAUUUCUUUUUUAAUUUUUUUAUGUGAACUUUUGAUACAUAAACGGUAGUUUUUGUAAAUAGUACAUAAUGUUAAAUUCCUUCAUCUUCUCCUUUCUGUUAGUGUGUAGUUUUUCUGAUUUGGAAUGUUUGGUGGUACAUAAAAUUCACCCAAUUUAUUGAAGACUUGUUUGAAAUAUUUCUUUAAUAAAUUUAUAGGUAAUAUCCUCAGAAAAUUAAUCCAGUUAUCAGUUUUUUACCACCAUUGGUAAUUAUGCUGAAAUUAAGUCUUUAAUUUUUUUUUUGUUUAGUAUUACAAUGUUAUAUUUGUUUCGUAAAAUUUUCAAAUGUGUAUUUCACUUACAUACUUAUAGUCAGUGCCUCAUUAUAAAACAAUGCAAUUUUUAAAGGUACUGUUUGCAUUGUUUGUGUACCAUGUGAGCUGACAAAGGUAAAUGAUAUUGAAUAUGAAGCUAUGUUCCUCAAUUGUUUUAAUAAUCUGCUUUAGAAUGUAUAUCUUCUGUCUUCAAUAAUUGCUUUCUAAUGUAUGAAACAAUUUUUAUCUUCCAGUUGUGAUAAUGAAUAUUGAGAUAUAAACCCCCUAUUUAAAGAAUGUGAUUACAGGCAACAUAAUUCUCUGUAAGAUAAGUGAAAGAAAUAGGUUUUAUUUCCACAUGAAUAUUAAGUUUAUUAAUAAUUGUUUCAGACGUUUUUUUUUCUUUACCCAUCUACUGUUUUACUUGUACUUGCAAAAAAUGCAUAAAUUAAUAGCAUGAUAAUUUUUUUUCCUAGCAAUCAAAUGCUGUAAGAACCUUCCUUUUGUCUUCCUUGUUUGAAAUGUUUCUGCAGUUUUGUUUCUCUCCUCUCUCAUAGACAUAGCUAAUCCUUCAUUACUCAUAUUGAUUGACUAACAUGAAUUGUAAGGAAAUUAGUAAUGUUCUUCAAUUAUUCUCAGUGCUCUUGUAAUGAUUUUGUAUUGUGAAUUGAACAUGAUAAACAUGAACUUUUACUGGAAAUAAAAUAGUUAUUGAAGUGAAUGGUGUAAUUUAUGUUAAAAAAGUAGUAAUUUUUAUUAAUUUCCAGAAUAAUUGCCUUUUUGUAAUAAAAAUUAAUUCAAAAAAAUUAUC